UCUGGCUGUCAAUCUCGUCUUCGAACUCACGGGUUGCUAACCUAUGGAGAACUACAUCAGAGGAGAAGAGAGAACUGGAGCGCCUGCAGAAACCAAUAUAUAAUUCAGUUCGUCGAGCAGCAGAAGUUCAUCGUCAGGUUCGCAAAUAUAUGAAAGGCAUUUUAAAGCCUGGAAUGUUAAUGACCGACAUAUGUGAAACAUUGGAGAACACUGUCCGUAAGCUAAUAUCAGAGGAUGGCCUUCAAGCUGGCAUUGCAUUCCCCACAGGAUGCUCUUUAAACUGGGUUGCUGCUCACUGGACCCCAAAUUCAGGGGACAAGACUAUACUUCAGUAUGAUGAUGUGAUGAAACUGGAUUUUGGCACCCAUGUUGAUGGAUAUAUAGUUGAUUGUGCUUUUACUGUGGCAUUCAACCCUAUGUUUGAUCCAUUGCUUGAAGCCUCUCGUGAAGCAACUAAUACAGGUAUUAAGGAAGCUGGAAUCGAUGUGCGCCUUUGUGACAUUAGUGCCGCUAUACAAGAGGUCAUGGAAUCUUAUGAGGUUGAGAUUAACGGAAAGGUGUAUCAAGUGAAGAGUAUACGGAAUUUGAAUGGGCAUAGCAUUGGUCGCUACCAAAUCCAUGCUGGAAAAUCUGUUCCCAUUGUGAAAGGCGGGGAGUAGACAAAGAUGGAAGAGGGUGAAUUUUUUGCUAUUGAAACCUUCGCAUC